AUGAUCAACCAUCAACUAUCGGCAAUGGAAGUGAUGGACGUAUUCCGAGACGCCAUUGUCAUAGAGACAGGUUAUGACAUUGGGAAGUCUGAUUUCAACACCGAUUUCUCAGACCUUGGCCUCGAUUCCCUCGCAGCCAUUGGCGUGGUCAAUAUUGUGACUAAUAGAACCGGUAUUGAGCUGCCAGCCUCCCUGUUCCGUGACUGUAAGACGUUUUCCGAUCUCUCCGAGCGUCUCGGCCAGAACCACGCUAUCAAUGGACUUGCUCCAGCCGCUCAACGACUCUCGUCGCAAGCGAGGCAGCGUGUCAGGGACGCAUUCUUGGAGCUACGCAAGCAUGAAAGACAGUUUGCGGAAGACGCAGGAUUCGCCAAUUUUUGGACGACUGUGUAUCCCGCUGAGCGCAGGCUAGUGCUCUCCUUUGUGUACGAAGCCUUCGCCGAUCUGGGAUGCCCUCUGGAUGAGAUUCACGCUGGCGAGACAGUGACAUGUCCUCGGGGUGUUUUGGAAAAGCACCGUCGGGUAUUCGACGGCGCGAUAUUCGAAAUCCUCAAGGAUGGUGGCAUCGUGAGCGAAACUCGGGCCGGCCACAUACGCACGUCGAGCCCGAUAGACAAAACGCCGUCCAUAGAGAUAUAUUCCAAAAUUGUCCAAGACCACCCCCUGUAUGCCAAGGUGCAUCAACUUCUUCACGUCACGGGCUCGCAGUUUGCAGAAUGCCUUGGUGGAAAGGCGGAUCCCAUCAAGCUCCUCUUCGGGAAGAACAAGGACCUGCUGCAGCAUUUCUACACAAAGGCGCCAAUGUCGUUGGCUGCAUCGAUGCACCUUGCCGCCCUUGUCAAACGCAUCUAUGCUUCCCAGGCUUUCAAAGAAGGCGAGCGUGUUGAAAUCUUAGAAGUAGGCGCCGGCUUGGGCGGUACGACGGGACUUGUUCUGGACGCGCUCGUUGAGGCCAAUGUACCUUUUCGAUAUGUCUUUACUGACAUAUCGUCGUCGUUCUUUGGGGCCGCGAAGAGCCGGUACUGCGAUAUUGCACCCUGCUCCAUGGAGUAUCUCGUCUUGGACAUUGAGAAGGAACCGCCAGAAUCGUUGCGGCGACGAUUUGAUCUGGUCAUCUCGACCAACUGCAUACAUGCGACUAGGAACCUGGCGGCGUCGUGCUCAAACGUACAAGCUCUUUUACGACCGGGGGGAUUCUUUGCGCUGGUCGAGUUCACUACUAGGUUCUACUGGCUCGACCUUGUGUUUGGAUUACUUGAUGGCUGGUGGCUCUUUGAGGAUGGUAGACAGCAUUGUACGGUCAGCGAGGCGGUUUGGAAGACGAGCUUGCAGCAUGCUGGGUUCAGCGAAGUGCUCUGGACUGACGCCGAGUUGUCCGAGAAACCGAACCCGCAACUGCUUGUAGCGUGUACAGGUUAG